AUUAUGGCUAACCAAAAUGAACCUUUGAGGCCUGGGGAAGCUGCAUUGCAAAAUAUGAACUUAUUGAAAACAGAAAGCACAUUAUUCAAGAUUCCAAAAAUUCCCAAAAAGAAAAACACAACGAAAACUCGAGUUCUCGAUGAAGAACUAUAUGUGGAGGGUAUUGCAAAGAUUAUACAAAGAGAUUUCUUUCCUGACUUAGAAAAACUGAAGGCCCAAAACGAGUUCCUAGAGGCUACAGAGAAUAAAGAUUAUGCCAGGCUAAGAGAAAUAACUAGGAAAUAUAGUGGUAACAGACUACCCACAGAGCCUUAUAAUUCUCCAGCCACAUUUGAUACACCAGGCUUAGACCGACCAAGCUCACCUUCAACACCAUCAGUACAUGAUAGUAGGACACAAUCAGAAGUAGACUAUGGUGACAAGGACAAAACAAAAGAUUUUACUGAUAACCACUCAUUGGAUUCAUUUUUAUCAUUACACACAAGUGAAGAUAAUGCAAGUUAUGAUCGUGUGAUAGCGUUAGAGAAUAAAAAGAAAGCUACGAAAUUAGCAUCUCAGUUUCAAUCUGAAGAGACAUCCGCUGCACUGGCCGACGCCGCGCUAGCGCUGCCAUCGAUAGAACAACAAGCUGACCAAACAAACAGACCCAAGGAGUUGGACACAUGGCGUUACAAAGCAAAGAACUUCAUAAUGUACGUACCGGAUGGCGCCGAUGGACAACAACCACCUGCCAAACCUGAACUUAUACACCAGAACACAAGGCUCAGAGCUGAACCCUUCGACCACAUUAAAAACAAAGAGGCUAUCACUGCUAUUGCGAAGAGUCAGGGUACUAUUGUAACAGGCAAGAUAGGUGUAGACGGAGUGAGUAUAUCGUCGGAUAAGACCAGUGGGGAAUAUUCGUAUGUAGCGACGCCAUCUCCGCGGCCGGGUGUGGGGCCCGACCAAUCACCUCUCAUGACCUGGGGAGAAAUAGAGGGCACGCCCUUCAGACUAGAUGGCGGGGAUACACCUUUGCCUGCGGUGGGAGCAGGCGCUGCGUACCGCAUGCUGGAGAGCGGCUCGCGGGAGAGGCUCGCGCUGCAGCUGGCCGAGCAAGCGGGCCGGCGGCGCCGCCCCACCACCCCGCACGCCCGCACCCCCACCCCGCGCACGCCCACUUUCAGAACAAAUACGGAACGGUUCGCUAGUAUGUCGCCGGCUGCCCGGAAAUUAGCAGCCAAGCACCUUUUGUCUCCUCGGCUGAAGUUGACACCGCAUGACAUGGGCAUCUACUCAACAUCCAAGCUCACACCCUCGCCUCGCACUCCUCUAGUGGCGACCCCGAGAACUAAGAAGACUCCACAACGGUCACCCGCUGUGAGUUCGGCCAGCGCCAAUACAGCAGAAAACAACAAUAUAACGGACAAUCUAUUGCAAAUUAGUGUCGCAAAGCGGACGAGAUUAAAAGCGAAAGAUUUCUUUCAAUAGAAUUAAUAAUUAAUAAAUAAG